AAUGAAAGAAAGCAAAAACCCAAGAAGAAAUGGUUAUUGACAUUUAAGACCCGCAGUGAAAUAGACUAAUUUAUUAGUUUUGUUGUUUUUUGUUUCAGAAAUCAUCUUUUGUUAUCAUCUUCAUCUUUUCUUACCAUUUUCGGUAUAUUUUUGGUAAUUAUAAACCAGGAUCAAUGUUGAAUUAAGAUUUUUACCACCAAGACAAUGACGUUAUUAUGAGUGAAAAAGAAAAUGAAGCAAAAAAGAUUAAACUUGAUUCCUCUGGUAUUGGUAUAAUAGAAUCAUCCGAAUCUAACGGAGCUAUCAUGUUGAACGAUUCUACAUCUAAUUGUCCAUCACCUUCACCAUCUCGUGUGGUUCACAUACGGAAUGUUCCCAUAGAAGCUACUGAAAAUGAUGUUCUCAGUAUUGGUACUCCAUUUGGUGAGAUCACCAAUGUUCUUUUGGUGAGAGGAAAAGGUCAAGCCUUCUUAGAGUUUGUUGACUCAUUCUCUGCUCAACAAAUGGUUAACUGUUGGUCUGAUCCUAACAACUCACCGAUGCAACUUUGUAUUCGGGGAAGACAAGUAUGUGUCCAGUUUUCAAAGCACAAAGAACUUAAAAAAUCUCUUCUUGGAACAAAUGCUGGUUCAGACAGCAGCUAUCAAAGUACAUCUCCUCAAAAUAGUAGACAUAUAAGCAACGGUGAUUCUGUAGGAGCAAGUUCCGUUUUCUCUAAUCCAAAUCAUCCUUUAAGCGGAUCAAAACAUCUCUGUUCUAUUUGUGGUGAUCGAGCCUCUGGGAAACAUUAUGGUGUUUACAGUUGUGAAGGAUGUAAAGGAUUUUUUAAAAGGACUGUUCGUAAAGAUUUGUCUUAUGCUUGUCGGGAAGAACGAGAUUGUAUCAUAGACAGACGACAAAGGAAUAGGUGUCAAUACUGUAGAUAUCAGAAAUGUCUCGCUAUGGGAAUGAAAAGAGAAGCCGUGCAAGAAGAAAGACAAAGGAAUAAAGAAAAAAGUGAAAACGAGGUUGAAAGUACAAGUAACUCACAGAAUGAUAUGCCUAUCGAAAGAAUACUGGAAGCUGAAUUACGAGUAGAACCUAAGAAUGAAGACAUAGAUUCUCGAGAUCCCGUUAGUGAUAUCUGUCAAGCGGCAGAUCGACAACUUUACCAAUUAAUUGAAUGGGCUAAGCAUAUUCCUCAUUUCACCGAGUUACCCGUUGAAGAUCAAGUUAUUUUACUUAAAUCAGGAUGGAAUGAGCUUCUCAUUGCAGGCUUUUCUCAUCGUUCAAUGUCAGUUAAAGAUGGUAUCAUGUUAGCCACUGGUUUGGUUGUUCAUAGAAACUGUGCUCAUCAAGCGGGUGUAGGUGCUAUUUUUGAUCGCGUGUUAACUGAAUUAGUGGCUAAAAUGAGAGAAAUGAAAAUGGACAAAACUGAACUUGGUUGCUUACGAUCUAUUGUAUUAUUUAAUCCCGAAGCUAAAGGACUCAAAUCAACACAACAAGUUGAAAAUUUACGUGAAAAGGUUUACGCAAUCCUGGAAGAGUAUUGUAGACAAACUUAUCCUGAUCAAUCUGGCCGUUUUGCUAAAUUACUUCUUCGUCUACCUGCCUUACGGUCAAUUGGUUUAAAGUGUUUGGAACAUUUAUUUUUCUUCAAAUUGGUUGGAAACACAUCUAUUGACAGUUUCUUGUUGUCCAUGUUAGAAUCUAAUUCAGACUCACUGCGUGUAUGGUUCAAGUUUUGGACAUCGAUGUCAAAUAAACGAGGUUCUGAAGAUCUUCUCCACCAGGACAAUGACGUUAUUAUGAGUGAAAAAGAAAAUGAAGCAAAAAAGGUUAAAUUGGAAUCGUCUGGUGUUAGUACAAUAGGAUCAUCUGAAUCUAACGGCGCUAAAAUGUUAAACGACUCUUCAUCAAACUGUCACUCUCCUUCACCAUCUCGUGUAGUUCACAUACGAAAUGUUCCCAUGGAAGCAACCGAAAAUGAUGUUCUCAGCAUCGGUACUCCCUUUGGUAAAAUUACUAACGUUCUCCUUUUAAGAGGAAAAGGUCAAGCCUUCUUAGAGUUUGUUGACUCAUUCUCUGCUCAACAAAUGGUUAAUUACUGGGCUGACCCAAACAACUUACCCAUCCAACCUUGUAUUCGUGGUAGACAAGUCUACGUCCAAUUUUCUAACCACAAAGAACUUAAAAAAUCUCUUCUUGGACCUAAUGCUGGUUCAGAUGGCAGCUAUCAAAGUACAUCUCCUCCAAAUAGUAAACAUAAUAGUAGUAACGGCGACUCUCUGGGAGCAAGUACAGUUUUAAGAGUCAUCGUUGAUAAUAUUGUCUACCCCGUUAGUCUUGACACUUUCUAUCAAAUAUUUUCUCGCUUCGGAAAAGUGACCAAAAUCGUAACCUUCACCAAGAAUGCCACAUUCCAAGCAUUGAUACAAUAUGAAUCAAGUUUCAACGCAUCAACAGCUAAACAAGCAUUGGAUGGUCAACAAAUGUUUUCAUCUGGAAAUGUCUUACGUAUCGAGUUCUCCAAAUUAUCAAAUAUCAAUGUUAAAUAUAACAACGAUAAAAGCCGAGACUUUACAAAUCCUUUAUUACCUCCCGGUGGAUCACUCCCUGGUUCCUUGGCUGUUAAUCCAUCGCAUGCCUUCUCAACUUUAUCAUCACCAGGAAUUCAUGGGAUGGGUAGUGUACUAUUAGCUUCAAAUUUAAAUGAGCAGAUGGUCACUCCAGACGCUCUUUUCACUCUCUUUGGUGUGUAUGGUGACGUGAUGCGAGUGAAAAUACUUUUCCACAAGAAGGAUAAUGCCCUGAUUCAAAUGAGUGAGCCUCAACAAGCUCAACUAGCUAUGACUUACCUUGACAAAGUCAAGCUAUUUGGUAAACCAAUGAAGAUUUCUGCAUCGAAAUAUUCUUGCGUUCAAACACCCAAGGAGGGUCAACCUGAUUCAGGUUUCACCAAGGAUUACACCAAUUCAACACUUCACCGAUUCAAGAAACCUGGCUCCCGAAACUAUCAAAACAUUUACCCACCAAGUUCAACGCUUCAUCUUUCCAACAUUCCUUCAUCCGCCAACGAAGAAGAUAUUCGAGAAGCAUUUGAACAAGUUGCAGGCGUCCAAGUGGUUAACUUUAAAUUUUUCCCUAAGGAUCGUAAAAUGGCCUUGACUCAAUUAGCAUCGGUUGAAGAUGCAGUUCAUGCAUUGAUAAAGAUGCACAACUAUCAGCUGUCUGAGGCCAGUCAUCUGCGAGUAUCUUUCUCCAAAUCUUCAAUAUGAUCAAAUACAGCUAACUCCUAUUAUUCAUUUAUUAAUCUUUACUUCGCAUCAUCCUUCCAUUAUCCGUAUUUUUAUCAGCGUCGGUGACUCCUGAGACGGUGGUUGGUAAAAGAAUAGUGAUGCUAGCUGUACUUUAAGCUAUUGUAAAGAUGAGGAUCAUCGGAAAUCAACUGUUUUAAUGAAACAUCCGUACCUUGUUAAUGAAAAUACUUAUUGCUAACCACUAAUUUUCGAGAAAGACUUGGAUAAUUAAUUAUGAAAGCUUCUUAUUUCUUUUACCCCUUCCCAUCUCAUCUGUCUCUACUGCAAGCUACUAAAGAAACAAAACAAAUGCAACUUCUAUUAUCUUCGACCUUACUUAAUAUUAUUUUUCCUCUCUUUCUUUAUCUGUUUUCUUACUUCACUUUCUCUUUUUCAUUCACAUAAUUCUAUCUAGUGUUUAUCCGUCUUAUAUUUCUCUUAUUAAACUUUAUCUUCCUUUUUCCUUCAAACU